UAAUUUGAUUCUAAGAUCGUAAGACACUUCCACAUGAUGUGGGUCUUGCCCUUUGAGGUCGGGAUCAGCUGACUACUGGCAGCUGCACCAUACAGUAAUGCCGUCUGACCACUAAGCCAAUUAUGUGAUUGGUCUUAGAGCGCAGAGUGUCAGCUGAGUGUGUGAUAAACCCAGUUUCAAAUGGCACCAGUGAACCCUGUUUACCUGCUCAUAGAUCCAUUUCUGGAUCCACUGAUCAGAGAAUUUCUAAAAGUGUCUGUAAGACACAAGAGAUAAUGGCACAUAGCUGCAGAGCAUACAUCAUAAUAUGUGACAGAAUCGAGAUCAGUCACUCUAGAUGAGAGUGAUAAUGGCACAUAUGAGUGUAUAGGACACCACCGUCUACCCACUGGAUCUGUCUCAUCCCCCAAUAAAUAGUACUGGAAUUAUACACACCACAGGCCAUCCAAGUUAUCUAGAGAGAAAGACAGAGAGAGAGAGUGUGUGAGGGAGAAACAGAGAGAGAGAGAGAGAGAGAGACAGAGAGACAGAGACAGAGAGAUCCCUGGCUGGAUGGAACCCCUGUGGGAUGAGCCGUGGUAGAGAGAGCAGCAGAGUAAUCCCGUGGAGUGGAAAGAGAGAACGAUAGCGGCAGUAGUCCGGCUCAGACAUUAGAGCUUAAUUAAGUGGGCUCACACACGGUAUGUCACGCAAAAACUAGUUCUCAUUUACUAAGGCUAACAUGAUGGGGGGGGUGGUGUUCGGUGCGCUCCGGACGCGCAACAUGAAGGAGGAGGGAGGCAGCGGAGCGCACUGAGAGACUCUCCAAGAGUAAGCGCUGUGUUGACGGCGUUAGAGUAUGAAGGGAUGUGAGCUGCACUUGGGGUAGAAUGGCACCCUAUCUCACAUGGAUCUCUGAGGGAUGGCAGCUUUUCACCACCACCAUCAUCACCACCAUCCGAGCGUGGACCUGCGGCGGCUCUUUCAUCGGUUCACCAUCGCGUCCUCUCUGAGCAUCCUGUGCUUCUCCUUGGUUUAUCUCCUCACCGGAUGCUGCGAGUCGGAGCUAAUAGAAAAGUCGGAAAUCAAGCCACCCUCACAUGAAUUCCUUAUGUCAGGGUCAGGAUGGCCGUACGAGAGAAACGGAUCCAGUGUGGCCAAGGAGUUUACAGUCGCGGUUGGCGAAGGCGCGCUCAGCGGUUAUCCCAGGCUGGAGGCGAACAGCUCGGCGAAAGACUGGACAGCCACCCGGAGGUUACCCCAGGCUCUGAUCAUAGGGGUUAAAAAGGGAGGCACCAGGGCUCUGCUGGAGUUUCUCCGACUCCACCCAGACAUCCGUGCCCUGGGCUCAGAGCCGCACUUCUUCGACCGGCAUUACGCACGGGGACUGGAGUGGUACAGCGGCUGCAUCAGCUGAGGGGGAUUUGGCCUACUUUGAGAAGACAUGACUCAGCCGGACGUUUUUCGGGGACCCUGGACUGCCGCUGGCGACUCCCGGCUUCACUUCACAGCCUUCCAGCAGGGUGAUACAAACUGGAACGCAGCGGUGAGGGGUGGCGGAGCCUGAAGGCGGUGUACUUUAGGUGGUCCUCACACGUCGGUGAUUUGAGGCAGCGGAAAGUCUCUUGGUUCAGCCAAAGAGCCCCUGCUCUGCGGACACUUUGACAAGUGGCUGGCAGCCGCUGGAUUCAAUGAAUCUUUGACAGAGUUGCAGGCCAAACAGAAACUCAUCUAUUUAGCUAUGGCUGCUCGCUUAUAAUA